AUGACAGCUCACGGACUAUUACCUGAUUCCCCACCGCCAUCCAGAGAGGUCUUGCUGGUUUGGACAGACCGAAAAGGAAUUACACGAGAUGAGGAUCUUGUCAUUGCAGAAAUGGGCGACGGAGGUGGAUGGAGAAUGAUGUCCGAGCGAGAUAUGGAGAUAGGAGAAUUGAUAUGUGCAAUACCAAAGACAUCCCUUCUAUCACAUCGAACAAGUUCAUUACCAGCUUUACCUUCUUUAUCCCCUACCGAAACCCAAGGAAGAUCGAUGAAUUCACAUACUAUCUUACACCUUUCAUUAUGUCUAUUGCACGAAUUUCGAUUAGGAACUCAAUCGGAUUUUUAUGGAUAUCUACAAUCACUACCAAGGACGACUAUUGGAUUACCCAUAUUUUGGGAUAUAGAUGAUGUUUCAGGAAAGGAUGGCAAGUUAGCUAGAGAUUGGUUGAAAUACACUGAAGUUGAGAAAGAAUUGAAGAUUAGAGAAGAACAAGGCUUGGGAUUGUCUGAUCUCAACGAGUUCUACAAGUCUUAUUCAUCACACCUUCCAUCCACUGAAUCUCAUCCAAAUCCAUCUCCUGUAGAAGCGUUUUAUUACUGCUUUUCGCUGGUUUCGACAAGAGCUUUUAUGGUUGAUUUAUAUCAUUUGAUAGCAUUAUGUCCGUUCGCAGAUAUAUUGAAUCAUUCAUCAACAUCAAAUAGUCAUACAUCUCUAUCAUCAGACGAUUUCGUCUGUCAUUCGUGCGGUUCACUGAAAUCGUGCUCUCAUGACAUCCUCAACCCCACCAACGGAAUACCAUAUAGAUUAUCACAUAUAGGCAUCAAAGAUUAUCAUAGGAUUGAAAAUGAAAUUGAUACUGUCGAUUUAAGGAUUGAAAACCCUCUAAAUGUAAACAAUCAAAACGGAAGUGAUCAAGGAGGAUAUGAAGAGGUAUUCAAUUGUUAUGGUGAAGGAUUGAGUGAUUCUAGGUUAUUGACUGAAUGGGGAUUCAUCUCUGAAGAAUUCAUCGGCGAAGGUUUAACUUGGAAUGUAGAUGAAUUAGAUCCAGAUGAAAACUUAAUCUCAUCGCAUGUAAACGAGAACGAACAAGGCCUAGAACUGCUGUGGGAGAUCAUCGAUUCUGCUAUGUCAGUUUUAGUUGAAAGAUCCCAGGGAAAUUGGUGUUGGUAUUCAGAAGAAAGUUUACUAUGUCCUCAAAAUGAAAGAGAUAAAAGAUUAUUCAAUUUGGAUCAAUCUGCUCGAAUAUCAAUAAACAUCUUCGCUUUUAUGUGGUUAUCGCAACGGAUCAAUCUGGCUUCCAAAGUGGGAAAUCAGAAAAUAUCCCAAGCUUCGGAAGAGAAGGAUGAAUUGAUAGACGAAUUGGUCAAGUCCAUAGAGGAACUGAGUAGAUUAUGGGAUAACAUCAACAGUCAAAACGAUCCUUCUUCUUGUGAUCUUCGGUUAGAAGACGAAAGCAUGACCGUCGCUAAAAAGGUCAAAAUGCUACUGCAGAGCAGAUUAGAAGGAAUGCAUAAGUCAGAGCUAAGUCAGGAAGAACUAUUCGAUACGAGAGACUCCCUUGGGCCCGAGGAAAAGUACCAGUAUAUGGCUAUGACAAUCAGUAUCAAUGAGAGAUCAUUGCUUCGCUCAGCUAUCGGGAAAUGGGACGAGCUUCUAUCCCUAUGUCGCUUGUAG